AUGAUGAUGACUGGCCGUGUGCUGCUGGUGUGUGCCCUCUGCGUGCUGUGGUGCGGUGCCGGCGGUAGAUGUGACGAGGUGCUACCUGUUGCCGUUUCAUCUGUUAUUUCUGCGAGCGGUGUUUCUGGAGCUCCCGACAAUGCCAGCGGUCAGACGUCGUCUGGUGUAGCGGGAAACCCUUCCGCAGAGCAAACACAGCUGAAUAAGGUUGGGAAUUCCGCACCCGGGUCCCCGCAAUUGCAAGUUGAUUUACAGACUCAAUCGCCAACAAUACAGCAGACACACUCCGGUGCCGAAAAUGCGAUUUCAUCGACAACUUCAAAACCAUCGGGAGAACAGCUGCAAAAUGUACCAGACGGAGUUCCUCCAGGGGAACCGGAGGCGUCACUCGGUCAGGAGGAGGGGAAGAAUGAAACAAUUGCAAAUCAACAGAGUAAUGGUCCGCCAUCUCCUUCAAGUAACAACGAUAUUGUCAGCCGUAAUAGUGGGGAACGCACAGAAGAUACUUCGAGGCGUGCUGAAACUCUUGUUGCCGCACCGUCAGAAGAAGCACAACAGCGUGAAAAUGUCACUCGUUCCUUGGAACAACCUCGGGAAACUUCCACAGCCGCACCGGCCGUUACAACUCAAACAAUUUUCAUGACGCUGCCUAAAGACGGUGAAAGCAGCGGCGUCAAAAUGAGUGAGGCAUCACCUCAAUCAGCACGCACCGCUCAAACAAAUCAUACGACGACACCUGGCGACAGUGACGGCAGCACCGCGGUCUCCCACGCCACCUCCCCUCUUUUGCUUCUUCUUGUUGUUGCGUGUGCGGCUGCGGCUGCGGUGGUGGCCGCGUGA